CGGGGGAUGAUGAAACGUGGGAGGCGCUUGAGUCCUCUCAUCCCCAUCAAACCACCCAAUGCAGUAAAAGCACAAGAGCUGUAAUGGCAAGCGGCGGCGGCGGCACACAAUGCAGCACUGAGGGAGCACUGAGUGUGUGAGAGAACCCCGGCCAUUUCACCUCAGCACCUCGGCAUGCGUCUGUCGCGCUGACACUGGCAGCCAUGCACAUCAACGGGGGCCCAUUAGCUUCAUGGAUCUGCUGUGUGAUUGGAUCCAUCCAUCUGGCUCAUGCGAGCACCCGGCCAGAAAAUGGCGGGACAUCAGGAAUGCAGAGAAAAAAAGAGAACAGCGUCCUAGGGAUGGAGGAUACAGUACCAUUGCGUUUGAUCUUUAGUAAUGAGGAGGACAAUCAGACCACCCAAGGAUUGCUCAGCACCAGAGUGAGAGCAGGGAGCCCUCAGCACCAGGAUCAGCUCACUCACGUUGCCCAGGCCAGCUUUCAGAUUGAUGCAUUUGGGUCUUCCUUCAUCCUGGAUGUGGAACUCAAUCAUGACUUGUUGUCUUCAGACUACCGGGAAAGACAUGUAACCCAGGAUGGGAAAACAGUGGAGGUUAAAGGCGGAGAACAUUGUUAUUACCAAGGCCAAAUAAGAGGAAAAGCCAAAUCUUUUGUGGCUCUAUCAACUUGCAAUGGACUUCAUGGGAUGUUCUGUGAUGGAAACCACACAUAUCUUAUUGAACCAGGAGAGAAGUACAACCCAAAUGAGGACUAUCAGUUCCAUUCUGUAUAUAAAUCAAAAGUACUUGAAUUUCCUCUGGAUGAGCUGCCAUCUGAAUUCUGGGCACUAAAUGACACUUCAGUAAGGCUAAGCCAACAGACUAGAAGCCAAAGGAAAAAAAGGCAGACACGGCGGUAUCCUCGCAAUGUCGAAGAUGAGACCAAAUAUGUUGAGCUUAUGAUCGUUAAUGACCAUUUAAUGUAUAAAAAGCACCGUUUAUCAGUUGGUCACACAAACAGCUAUGCCAAAUCCGUUGUGAACAUGGCAGAUUUAAUAUACAAGGAGCAGUUAAACACAAGGAUAGUGCUGGUGGCCAUGGAAACCUGGGCAACUGAUAACAAGUUCAGCAUCUCUGAAAAUCCAUUGCUAACUUUGAAGGAAUUCAUGAAAUACAGACGGGAUUUCAUCAAAGAUAAAAGUGAUGCUGUCCACCUCUUUUCGGGAAGUCAGUUUGAGAGUAGCCGCAGUGGUGCUGCGUAUAUUGGUGGAGUGUGCUCACUGUUAAAAGGAGGAGGUGUGAAUGAGUUUGGAAAACCGGAUGUAAUGGCCGUUACUUUGGCUCAGUCUCUGGCUCAUAACCUCGGAAUAUUCUCAGACAAGAAGAAGUUGUUAAGUGGUGAAUGCAAGUGCGAGGAUACGUGGUCUGGAUGCAUCAUGGGAGAUAUUGGGUAUUACCUUCCAAGCAAGUUCUCCGUUUGUAACAUAGAAGAAUACCAUGAAUUUCUAAAUAACGGGGGAGGAGCUUGCCUGUUUAAUAAGCCACUUAAGCUUUUGGAUCCUCCCGAGUGUGGAAAUGGCUUUGUUGAGACCGGGGAAGAGUGUGAUUGUGGCACUAUUGCAGAAUGUGCUAUGGAAGGAGGGGAGUGCUGCAAAAAGUGCACCUUAACUCAAGACUCAGAGUGCAGUGAUGGGCUGUGCUGUUCUAACUGUAAGUUCAAUCCUAAAGAGAUGCUGUGCCGAGAAGCUGUAAACGAUUGUGAUAUCCCAGAGACCUGUACAGGAAAUACAAGCCAGUGUCCUGCUAACAUUCACAAACUGGAUGGAUACUCUUGUGAAAGCAUGCAGGGUCUCUGUUUUGGAGGAAGAUGCAAAACAAGAGACCGACAGUGCAAGUAUAUCUGGGGUGAAAAAGUGUCGGCUGCAGACAGAUAUUGCUAUGAAAAGCUGAACAUUGAAGGCACAGAAAAAGGCAACUGUGGUAGAAAUAAGGAAACCUGGAUACAGUGCAACAAACAAGAUGUACUAUGUGGCUAUCUCUUGUGCACCAAUAUUUCCAAUGUGCCGAGGCUGGGGGAGCUGGAUGGAGAUGUUACCUCUUCUUCAAUUGUAAAUCAGGGAAAGCUGUAUAACUGCAGUGGUGGGCAUGUGAAGCUGGAUGAAGACACCGACCUUGGCUAUGUAGAAGAUGGCACUCCUUGUGGCACUGGCAUGAUGUGCCUUGAACACAGAUGCCUUCCCAUCGAUUCCUUCAACUUCAGCACCUGCUUGGGCAGCACAAACAAAAUUUGCUCAGGGCAUGGUGUAUGUAGCAACGAGGUUAGGUGCAUCUGCGACAGGUUUUGGACAGGAGAAGACUGCAGCAGUUACUUACAUUAUGAUCAUAUUAAACCGGAAGGAGACAACAGAGAUGAAGGUGUAAUUAGCACAAACAUAAUAAUUGGAGCUAUUGCUGGCACCAUACUAGUGCUGGCCCUGGUGUUAGGAAUAACCGCAUGGGGGUACAAAAACUAUCGACGAGAAAGACAAAUACCCCAGGGAGAUUAUGUAAAAAAGCCUGGAGAUGCCGACUCUUUUUAUAGCGACUUGCCUCCCGGAGUCAGCUCAAACUCAGCAUCUAGUUCUAAGAAGAGGUCAAAUGGUUUAUCCCACUCUUGGAGUGAAAGGAUCCCUGACACUAAGCAUGUCUCUGAUGGCUGUGAGAAUGGUCGGUCACGAAGUAACUCCUGGCAAGGUAAUGUAACCAGCAGCAGGAAAAAGCUCAGAGGAAAAAGAUUUAGGCCACGGUCCAAUUCCACAGAGACUCUUUCACCUGCCAAGUCUCCAUCAUCAUCUACUGGAUCUAUAGCAUCUAGUAGGAGAUACCCAUACCCCAUGCCACCACUUCCAGACGAAGAGAGAAAAGCCAGCAAACAAAGUGCAAGGCUCUGGGAAACCUCCAUAUAAAUGAUUGGAAAACACAUUGCUUCACCUGCUGGAGAGUUAUCUCCGUACCCUCCAUCCAUCUUAUACAUCAUCCCGAGCCUCUUCACCCAUCCAUACUAACGGACCAUGGACACAUCGCUGUUUACAGAGGACCCUCUUUACCGCUGUUGGGAAGAGUCUCUUAACGACCAACUGCAACUUCUAUAUUCCUCAUUGGGGGGAUAACAAACAAAGGCUCACAAGGACACAGCAGAGAAAGAAGAGAGUAUUUUUAUGCAUGAGAAAAUAUGAAUAUCUUUUGAGACACCGGUUAUAAAUACUACAUAGAGCAGCCCACUCAUCCAGUGGCAGAAACUGAGUUGGACCCAGUCAUUGGUCGCAUGCAGUCACUAUGGAAGAUUAUGUUGAGUGCACGUUCACCCUGUAUUCCCAUCUCCAACGAUGACACAUAUUCCAGCCUAGCAUGCUGUCAUGGCGAAGAUACAUUUUUAAUUUAAACGACCAAAUUUACAAAAAAAAAAAAAAACAAUUUUGUACAUAUGUACAUUUUAAAUGGUAUAAAUACAUUUAUUACAUAGUAGCUUAUUUUGUCAAAUGCUUAACAAAAGCUGUUCAGCGAGUGAACCCGCCGCUACCAUUUCACACGGGUCUCCGGAAGGAAGUGGAACGAUCCGCCGCUACCAUUUUACACGGGUCUCCGGAAGGAAGUGGAACGAUCCAACGAGCAGUGGAGGGAUUCGGCUGAGAACACAGAGAUAUAUAUAUAUAGACAGAACAAGUCAAUAACCCAUACAUUUUAGAUAGAAAUAGGUAUUUCUUAUGUAGCUAGGGGGGAACAAAGGGCAUUGGGGGGAAAAUGAAUGCUUUGAUAAUGUCUUGAAGAUUUUUUUUUUGCCAUAUAUUUUGCAGGAAAUAGAGAUUCAAAAAGAAAAUGCACAAUGAAUUCUAGGCAUUAUUGUACUAACCAACGAACACUCAGAAAUCUAUUCCACUACCGCCCAGUAGGCGGCCAUCUUGGAGUUAGUAGAACGACCGUCGAUACUGAUCGCAGGAUCCAAGGAACUUGCAAAACAGCUCUCAAAGCCAAUAUAUAUAUAUCUCCUAUAUCCAAGCACAAGCUUGGGGACACAAGGAGUUUUAUUUCAUUACCUUACGGAUACGCCAACGUCAAUACUGUGCCUUUCAGAUGUAUCAGCUGAGAGUGAGAAGCUUGGGACAAACAUAACGGGCAACUGCUAUGGGGGAGAAGGCUACGUGUGUGUGUGGCUACAGACGAUCAGCAUUAUCUCUCUCUCUCGCUAUACAUAUAUAUAUAUAAGGCAGACAAAGUGGAAUGUAACAAUCCUUUAUCUUUGGUACCGCUUCCCUUGUAUUGGUUAUGCCAUAGCUUUUGUUAGCGUGCCAGUGUCUGUGUAUAGCGCUCAUUCCCCAGCCUUGCCAUUGUCUUGGUACAACCCGACAUGUUACUAAAGUCCUGAUCAGCUGCCAAGUGGUGAAAAAACCAUACGCCUCAUACUGAUCUGUAAGCUUGUGGCAAUAUUAGGGAUGCACCGAAUCCAGGAUGCGGCCAUUUUCAGCAGGAUUCUGUUUUGGCCGAAUCCUUGUGCCUGGCCAAACCGAAUCCUUAAAAUCAUGUGAUUUUUUGUCACAAAACAAAUUCGGUUCGGUAUUUGGCCGAAUCUUUCACAAAGGAUUCAAAGAAAAACAAAAAAGCAGGGAGCACUCACUGACCCUCAUGAAUCUCCGAUGUGCUACUACGUAAACCGCUCCCGAUGCGAUAUUCUUUCGACACAGAGCACCGGCAGCUUUAAAGUGGACCUGUCACCCAGAAAAAAUAAAUCUGUAUAAUAAAAGUCCUUUUCAAAUAAACAUGAAAUCCAA